AUGGAGCAAAAACAUAAAGACAUUAUCAAGGCAAACUACUCAACUCUUGUAAAGAACAUGAUGUCUACCCAUGUUGCUGGACAUCUUUUUGCUUCGGGAAUUAUUACAGGUGAAAUGAGACAACAGAUAGAGGCUGAGAAAACUAGUUAUGAUCGCAACAGAAAGUUGAUCAGCAUCAUCUUACGUCGAGGAAAAAGAGCUUUUACAGGACUUAAAGUUGCAUUGAUGAAAGCUGACCAAAACGAACUCUCCAAAGUUUUGAUUGGUGAAGACAGUACAAUGACCGAAUACGAGAAGAAGCUAGCCACAGCCCGAUCUUUGGUUGUGAACAUGACGGAAAAACCAAAUUUAAGCAAAGAAUCGAAGAAUAAACUCAACAAACGCCAACAGCCGCAAGAGCCACGAUGUCGGUUUAACCUGGAUGACUUUAAUGACCUUUCUCUGACCGUUACGCCUUUCAAAGGAAAUAUCAAUAUUCAUAUUCGCCAUUUUACAGUGUCCAAUGGUCGUUUUUUUCCAACCAAGAAAGGGGUUACAUUUCCUCUUGCCCGAUGGCUGAAAUUUGAGUCACUUCUACCAGAAAUAGCAAGUUACCUACAAAACACCAACAGAGAUGGAGAAAUGAAAUGGCAUAUUGGUGGGGGUGUUUACGUAUCCCUAAAUCCUAUUUAUUCCACAGUGGACAUAAGACACUUUUGGAAACCAGUCGACGCACAGGAACCAAUACCAACCAAGAAAGGCGUUACUCUAAACAUACAUAAGCUGAUCAAACUAUUAGAAGUUGUUGAUGAAAUGAAAGAAUAUGUUCCCAAGCUUAAUGACGUAGAACUGUGUAUGUUGAGUGAUUCACAUCAAAACCAACUUGGUAUGCUAAGUUGUCCGGAGUGUACUCCCUUUGGAUUCGAAUCCCAGGUUGACAAUGUAUCCCUAGAAUGCAACGUCGAUGAUGUACAAGACUUACAAAUAAUCGAAAAUGACAUUGAAUAA